AGAGAGAGAGAAUCAUGUGCUGCGGAGACGGUGAUUGCAGGCCGCUAGGGUUCCUAUUAGGCCUACCCUUCGCCUUCCUUUCCCUCCUCAUCUCCAUCGUCGGCAUCGCCAUCUGGAUCGUCGGAUUGCUGUUGACUUGUAUAUGCCCUUGUUGUCUGUGCGUUACGAUCAUAGUGGAGCUUGCUUUGGAGCUCAUCAAAGCCCCAAUUCACGUCAUGGAAUGGUUCACCUCUCAGAUCCCUUGUUAGUGUUUUUUUUUUUUUUCUUUUUGGUUAUGUAGGAUAUCCUGAUCAGCUUUACCCGCAUCAAAAUAAAUCCCCACAGCCCGAACAAGCAUCAGAAUCAACCUUGUUAGUGUUUACUUUUAAAUUUUUACGCUUUACAAUUAUGUCUCUUCUUUGUGUGAUGGAUUGAAAAAUAGGUGUUG